UCGAAAUAGUUACAAUCUUCAGUAGGCCGUGCAGGUAUAGCCGGCGAAUAUUUAUUCCACCUGUAGCGCUUCGCGAGAGAACACUUGACAAUCGCGGUCCGCGCUAUUCGACAGCCUGCUGGACCAGUCGACAGUCAGUAAGUCAGUGAGUGGUCUCUAGAUGUUCGCGUCUUCCUGAGUUUUUCAGUGGGACAUUUCUUGUGAAUCGAUAGAGUUCUCUAGGUCAAGACUACUACUAGCUAGACAUUUUAUAGUUUUUGAUUUACCUAUUAUUUGAAGUGAGUGCGCGAAUUUUGUGAAUCAAACUGAUCUUUAUAUAUUAUAAGGAUAUUUUUUCAUUGCUUGUGGAAAUUAUCGAUUUUUUAGUGUGCCAGUCAAUUCAUGAUUGAUGAGUGUACCAGUCAAUUCAUGAUAUUAACUAUGUAAAUAAAACAUGGGAACUAUAGACAGCGGGACAGAUACUCUCUUUUCCGAUGAGUCGCCAUGUGACUUGAUUCGAUCACCAAGUAUUUGUUCUGGAGAUGACAUCGAAGUCCAAAUGGAGGACACCCAGUCCAUUAAUAGCAGACUGGCACCUCCUAAUAUACAACCCUACAGCGGUGUCUUAGAAAAGGGAAAGGUUGUAAUUCGACCCAUCGCCUUUAAACCGUCAACUAUGACGAUGACUGGUUCGUCAAGGUUUGGAAUGACCGGAGAACGAUACGGAUCAACACCAAUACUCACCAGGCCUGGAUCGAGACUAACCUUGUACGGAAGUAGUAACGAUCUUCGACCGUCGAACAAUGUCAAUAACUACUCAUUAGAUAGAAAGCUGAGAUCGUCAUGUCCUUCGUCAACUUGUUCACCCCCGUUAGCGAUGAGCUCACUUUCUUCGUUGCCCCACAGUCAUAAACUCGUUAACUAUGACAGUUUAGAAAGUGUGAGGAAAUCUCCGAUGUCAAAUGCAGAUAGUUCUGGACCGAAUAAACUCUCCUACCGACUUAUAUCAGCUUCAAAUCACAGCAGUAUGAUGGAUUUGACGCCAUCCCCCUCAGAUUCUGGUAUAUCAGAACUGGAAGCAGCUCUUAGAGAUCGAGACUCAGAACUAGCUUAUCUCCGUCAAACGAUGGAACACAACGAACAAGUUAUUUUCAGAGUAUACCAAGAAAAAGAAAAAGUCUGGGAAAGAGAACUAAAAAGGCUCAAAAGCGUUCAAGAUAGUAGGCUGAGGGUCAGUUCACAAAAAGUACUCAAACUAGAGCAGAUGUUAAUGAUGCAAACGUAUCAAAUGCAGCAAGAGAAAAAACGAUUUUGCUCCGACAUUCAAAGGUCAAAUAUGCAAUGUGAUAGAUUACGACAAGAAGUUACAACUUUGAAAGGAAGGUUGGAGGAGACUGAAUGGGGUUUGUGUCAAAAGACUGGAGAAAUAUCAUUGCUCAAAAGUCAAUUAAAAGAGCUUCAGAUGGACCAAACUAGCAAAUGUCAAGAACUUAUCCAAUUUCGAACGGAGCAACGUGACCUAAGAAACAAACUAGAACAAAAAGAUGACGAAAUACAAACAUUGAAAUCACAAGCUAGUUCCAAAGAGGAGGAAAUCAAGCAACUCAAAGAAUUAAUCACAAAAAUAAAGUUAAUACCAUCUCAUGAUUCGGAAACAACCAAUGAAAAUAGAGAAGAUACUGAAAAACUAAAGGCGGAAAUUAGAGAAUUGAGGGAGGAACUAUCAGAGUUGAGUUUAAAAGAUUAUUCCCAUGUAGAACCGGGUCGAAAUAAAGGGAAUUACAUAACGGAGGACGGUAUAGAAGAGGUUGAAAUUCAAAAUAUAAACGGUUAUCAUCAAGAGGAUAACGAUAGUGAAUUAGAAAAACUGAGAGAAGAAUUGGCAGCUAAAAAUAAACAAUUUGAAAAUGAAAGAAGAACGUGGAUUCAAGAAAAGGAGAAGGUACUCAGAUAUCAACGACAACUUCAAAUGAACUAUGUACAGAUGUUUAGAAGAACAAGAGCGCUAGAAGCCGAGAUUGAAAGCUUGACCGUUGAACUAGAAUUAGACAAAACAGGAUUAAAAUCGAAGUUAGAACUUUCGCAAACGAUAGAUUUAUGAUAAAAUUACUUAGAAGGUUACUUCUUUUUCUCGUGUAGAUAACAAGCUACAUUUUUGGGUUAAAAGUUAUGUACCUUCCGUGUAAUUUUUUCCACAAGUUUCAUUGUUAAUAUAUGUUAUAUGGUCGUAGAUGAAAUUAAUAAUACAACUAAAAAGAAAAAUAUUAGGCAAUAAAUUGAACAAAUUAAUUCACAUAUAUACCGGAUUUAGUGAUGAAUUUCAGUUCAUAGAGGGCACAUCGAGUAAUACAUAUCACCUAAAGAUCAAUCUGUAUCCUUGAGAAGUGGACACAUCAUAUACACUUUAUAAAUAAUGGACAAAAUUAUGUAUCUAUAUAUAUAUAUAUAUAUAUAUAUAUAUAUAUAUUGUUCUUGAUUUUAGGUCUCUUCUGUUUUAAAAUAACAUUUCGACUUUUCUUUAAGUCUUUAUCAAAAUAUUUUGAUUAAAACAUAAUUUCAUAGCUGCAAGUUAUUUAAACUUGAUAUCAUAACAAACGAAACAAGAACAUAGUAGUGAUAGAAAAAAAAACACUGUAGAAGAAUAUAACGAGUCAGGUCGAUAUAAUAUACAGUACUGAACUAGUGACAUGGCAAUUUUAUUUGGAUAUUAUUGGUUCCUCGUAGUAGAUGCUACAUAUCUUUUUAUAAUUGUUUUGAGUCAGUUUGUCUCAUUAUAGAGUAACAAUAAUGACAAAAUCCCUGAUGACGUAGUUCAAAAAUCUUUAGAUUCUGAUGAAAACGCCCCCCUUGUCCUCCAAUCGUACUUCCUAUGUUUUCAAAGAAAAAACUCAAAUGUGAAUGCAGAAAAUGAAUUUUCAAUGACAUAUUCAUCCUUAUAUGUUCAAAUUUUUUAGUCAGCUACAGCUUCAUAAUUUUCCUAAGAACACAUUUUUUGAAUGACUUCCAAUCAUCUUUUCCAUACCACUUAUAUUUGCCCAGAGUAUACUCUUUUCGAAUAGGCCAUUUUGUAUAACGAUGCACUCUCGUUCUGCUGUCCAACAAAAAAAAUAAGAAUGAAUGUACCUUGUAAACCCAAUAACAAGCCGAUGACUUUGAAGUUGCUACUCAAUUUCCAUUGAUUUGAUUGAUUUAAAUUUUAUUAAUUUCAUUAAAGUACACAUUAAGUUAUAGGUCUCUUCACAAUUUGUCUCAAUUUCAUUGUGUAUCGAAGAAUCAAAUAAUAAGCGUCAUUCUGCUUUAUUAUAGUUUUAAUUUAUUACUUCAAAAAAUCCCAGGUUAUCAGUACAAUAACAGUAUUUCUCUUCUCUUCUUUUAACUUCAAUAUCACUUUCAUUGAUAUCUUCUCAUAUAUAUUUUGUCUAAACUAGACCAGGAUAAAUUAGUAGGUAGUAAAAAGAUUCAAGUCCGAGUUAAGUUUAGCCCUUUUUAAACAGGUAUUAGCCUAGAGGGUUAAUGUAAUGUAAUUGAAAUAAAAUGUGACGUUACUUUACAUAUUUUUAUAGGGGUGGAAAGGAGUCGACUGGUAUUAUAGCUUUACUAAGGUAGUCUGAUAAAUACUACUCUAUAAAAUAAAAACGAAAAUAUUGGAAAUAUUGUUUAGGAAACUCUAGUGCAGCUGUUACGCGUUGUGCAGAAAAGCUUCUUUGAAGAAACUUACCAAGAACUACGUUGUCGAGAAACUAGGAAUGUGAGGCCUAUAAAAAUAAAUUCCGAUAGGCUAAAAACAACAAGAACCAUUAAUAAAGAAAAUAUGAUUUUAAAUUUAGUUGAUCAUAAUCCAACAGUAAGCUUACGGAAUGUGGAAAGACAAACAAAUAUGCCUUCUUCAAGUACUUGGAGGAUACUUACAGAGCAACAGCUACAUCUUUAUCAUUACAGACAAGUUCAAAAGCUCUUGUCCCGGUUAGAGUGGAUUUUUGUAAAAGAUAACAAGAAAGGACAGCCCACAUUACAAAUUUUUUAAAAUGCAUUUUUUUCACGGACGAGGCCACUUUUACUCGACAAGGUAAGUUUAACUCCCAUAAUGCACCCUACUGGUGUGCUGGGAAUUCACAUGUCAAAGGGGUAUCAAAUUACCAACACUCAUUUAAAGUUAAUGUUUGGGUAGUAACUUUGGGUAACAAAUUAAUAGAUUAUCACAUUCUACCAGGAAAUUUAAAUGGUGAUAUGUACCUAGAUUUUUUAAAAUGUGUCUUCACAUAGGUUUAAAAAUUGAAAUUUUGGUAUCUUGCAAACAUUCAGUGUUCGUGAAAAUAUUGUUCGGUGCAGUUCGGGGUGGUUAGGUUAGGCUACGUUAGGUUAGAAUAGGUUCUUCGUAUUCAGAAAGAAUUAACGCAUUUUUUAAAGAAAUUUUGGCAAUAUAUCCUCUAGAAAUUGAUGAUUGAUACCCCUAACCUAACCCUAACCCUGGCGUCACGAAAAUGUUUUACUGAUCAAACCCUGAAUAUUUUUCAGUUUUCUAUCUAUCCUAGAGAUGGGAUCACCUUUUUUAUGAAACACCCUGUAUCAUUCAAUAUAAUUUAAAAACUUGAAUUAAUAGUUAUAUAUACCAGGUAUUUUUUAAUAACCAUCACCAAACUUAUGUUGUGCUUAUCUAAUGCUAGUUUUAAAUUUUAAGAAAACACAAAAUACGGACUUACAGUAACUUUUUUUAAGGUGUAUUUCAUGUGAUUUUAAAGUUUCAUUAGGUAUUUAUUAUAUGUUUUGUACAGACCUAUAUAAUUGUAUGCUUCUAUAUAUUUUUACCAUAUUUUAUAAUAUUAAAUAUUUGGUAAGUAGUAUUGAUCUUUGUUUUUUAUAUGUAAAUACAAUAAACGAUAAUAAAAUAAA